AUGGAGGUGAGAUUUUUUUAAUGAGUUGGUUUCUGAAAAAAAGGUUCCCGAAAGAUAUAGCAAUAAAGUGAAAUAAAAUAACGGUUUCAAAAAAAUUUAUGAGUCCCUUUCCAAAAUUUAACCGGAAGCACUUUUCUCUAUUCGAAAAGUGAUUGGGAAAAUUUUUAGUGGACACUAUAGAGGCUCGCCAAGGAGUACUUGGAGAGGACACUAAAAUGGCCACUAAACCCACCUCUAUAGUGGCCACUUCAGUAGUUUUUCAUCCAGUAUUCCUUCCAGUAACUCUGAUAAUUUAAAAAAAAAACAGAUUGGACCAGUUAUAUUGAUCCAUCGACCCCUAAAGUGGCCUCUAAAAACUUUCCCAGUAAUUAAUCGAAAAGAAACGCGUUUUUAAGAACUCAGGAACACCUGAGUGGUCCCUUUAGUGGUUAGGUAGAGAUAGCUCCUUUAGGGGUUCAGAACUUGUACUAUCAGCUCCCUAGAGAAUCCACUAACAUCUUCUCCUUUAGGGGCCACUAGCAUGCUUCCCUAGAGAAGCCACUUAUUGAAAUCUCUACAGCGGUCGUUUUUGCAAACUUUAGUAGCGAAUUAAUGGAGAGAUAAGGUGGCAAUUAAAGAGGAGCCAUAGGUUGUCCCUAGAGGGACCACCUAAUUUGUUUUGUAAUUGAGUAAAUUAUUCGGAAGUUGCUCUUUUUGAGAACUAUAUAAUCUGAAUAAAUGAAUUGUUUGAUUAUUUAGAGGUAGAUUAUUUUUAAAAAAAAAAUUUCAAUCAUCACUUUUUUCAGAAAAUCCACGAUGAAUACCUCGCAAAGAUGCGAGAAAUCUCCAAUCUGCAGGAAUCCUGCCAGAAAGCCCUCAAACACCACAAUUAUCUGAUGAAAAACGUCAAGGAUUUCGUCAAAAAGUCGGUUUUUUCAAGGAUUUCGAUGUUAUUUAUUUAAAUUAUGAUUUUUGGUUCAUUUUUUGUUUUAAUUGGUUCUUGAAACUCUCUGCUAAAUUUAGACCAAAAAUUAGAAAAUAACCCAAAUCAUGCCGAAAAAAUUCUUGGAUUCCCGCGAUGAAGUCAGUAGUAUGAAAAACAAGAAUAGUUGUUUUUCGAAGAAAUUCGCGUCAUUCCAGAGCGGAGGAGGAAGCCUCAACAAGUGAGGAAAGAAAAAAGGAAGUGGGAAAAGUGAAGGAAGAAAUGGAAGUGUCGCGAAUCAAGCUCCGCGACAUGCAAGCCGAGCUGCCGGCUCAAAACAACGGAUUCUAUCUCAAUCUCAUCCUCGGUUCGUUUAUUCUUCGAUUAUAUUUCAAUAGACGAGAUAAUUUGAAUUUUGAAGUGUUCAGAAGGUUAAAAAAAUUGAAAAAAACUCACCUGGAAUAUUUUUUUGAAAUUCAAUCUUGAUUCCAAGUGAGUUCAUUUCGGAAAAAUUUUAAUUCACCAGAAAAACUGUUGUUGAAAUGUAAUAGAAACUCUUCAUGAACCUUUUUGAUUGAAAGAAAUCCUCAGAAACCAUUAUUUUUUUCACUGAAAAAAAGCUCAAAAAUUCCAAUUUAGUUGAAAAUCUUCUUAAAUUUCUACAAUAAAGUAUUCGGAAGUGUCCCUCAUUCUUUUUCCAAUAGAUUUCCAGCUUCUCUACUAAAAUUUGCAAUACAAACGAGCUCAGGACUUUUUUUUUAAUUUAAAAGACCACUCAGAACGAAAUUUGAAAAAUUCAGCAUAUUUUGCGUUCAUUUGCGCUCUAUGGAUAAGGUUGCGAAACAUUUAUUUUGGAUUUUUUUUUUUUCCUCUUUUUUGGUUUUUAGAGAGUUUUUCGUAAUUUUCUUUGUCUGAGUAAUUUUGCUAAUGGUGGUUUGAAGCUUCUAGACGGAUUAGAAGUGAUUUUACGCUGAUCAGUGUAUUUUUUGAAGUAAAACUUUGCAAUUUCCGACUGUUGUGUACUUCUUUCUGAUUAACGAAACUUGAGAUUAUAUUCACAAAAAAAAAACCUGAUUCCAGAAGGUUUUUACUGUCAAAACUUGGAAGGAAACAUGGUUUUGACGAGAUUUUGAUUCAAAUUUUUUUCGCCUGUAGAAUUUUUAAGUUCAAUUUUAAUUUUUUUGUUCAGGGCAAUUUGUUUGAAAAACUUCAUAUUUUUUUCAUAGUUUUUUUAAAUUUUUUUACAGAUCUUUCUAUAAAUUUUAAAAUUUCAGGAUCAAAUUUGAACGUUUCUCUGUUGACCAAACAUGAGCGGUUCAACUAUAAGAAGGUUUUUCUAUAUUUUUCCAAAUUUCAUUCAUGAAUUUUUUGAGGAGUACGAAGAUUUCAAGUGGAACAUCACCAUUGCGAUUGCCGUUUUGACGAUUAUUGCCUAUUUUUUUUCUCUCCGAGUUGUCGAUUCGAUUCUUUGCUUCUUGUUGGUUUGGUUAGUUUUUUGAUAGAAUAGUUCAGAUUGAAAUGGAUAUUUUUCAGGUAUUAUUGUACAUUGACGAUCCGGGAAGCGGUUUUGAGGGUUAACGGGUCAAGGUGAAAAUUGAAUAAUGAUUAAUUGAAGAUUUCUGGUUUUUUUAAAAAUUUAAAGUUACAUCUUUGAACUAUUUCUGACAUAAGAAAAAUUGAAAAAGAUUUUUUUGAGGAGUCUAGUAAAAGUCACAUAAAAAUGAUUUUUAACAAUUUUCAACUUUUUUUCAAUUUUUUUCUUUUUUUCCGUCAAAAAGCUUAUCAAACUUCAUGGAAAGUUUUUUGAAAUUGGAAACUCUGGUUUUAAAGGAUAAAAGGCUGGUGGAUGACGCAUCACUACUUAUCCUGCGCCCUGCCUGGAAUCAUUCUGACCUGGAGGGACGGCGACUGCUAUCAAAUGUUCCGGAUGCGACUUUUGCUCUUCAUCUUCUACAUCAGCCUCGUCCAGUUGGCUCAGGUGCGAAUAAUAUUAGCGAAUAGGUCCUUUCGCUGCAUAAUAAUUAGUUAGACGCAAGAUGAAAAUGCAGUAGAAUAACGAGUAGAUUCUGGCCGGAGUAAGUGAGGAAUUAAAGCGAUACGUGUAGAGGGGAAUUUCGGAUAUUAUCAAGUUUAACUCUCUUAGAAUCAGUGGAGACCUUAAAAUCUAGUCUAGAAUUUGAUGUAUUCUCUGAUUUGAAAAACUUUUGGUGACCACUAUAGUAGUCAAAUUAGUGGCCACUUAAGGGGUUUAAAAUUAGCAGCUGCUAUAGAGGUCUAAGUGCUACCACUAGACCACAAAAAGUUUUAGUGGCCACUUAAGGGGUUAACGGAUCAUCAUAACUGGUCCAAUCUGUUUGUUUUAAAAUUAUCAAAGUUACCGGAAGGAAUACUGGAUGAAAAACUACUGAAGUGGCCACUAAAUAGAGAACCACUAUUGUGGCCACUAAAACGGAAAAUAGUGGCCAUUAAAACGGAAAACAGUGGCCACUAUAGAGGUGGGUUUAGUGGCCACUUUAGUGUCCUCUCUAAAUAGUGUAUCGAGCCUCUAUAGUGGCCACUAAAAAAAUUUUUUUCCAGUAAGAGAUUAGUUUUGAAAAUAAAUAUUUAAAAAAACUGAACGAAAGAGGUAACUUGGAUUGCCAAAUAAAAGAUGGUUUGGUCGAUUUGAAUGGAUGUUUUUCCGAUUCGGCGCUUGAGAAAUUUGAAAGGAAAAAAACUAGGCUUAAGAAAUUCUUUAAGAAUACUUAUAGCCCAUUCCACGUGCUUUUUUUCAUGAGCAUUUUUUUGGUUUUUUUGCAAUCUUAUGGAGCCUUUUUCUGCAUUUUUUUUUUUUGUAAGUUUUUAAGUUGUAAAAAAAUUUUUUUCGGGUGGAUUUUUACCGAAUAGACCUUUUUUGUUUCAGAACCAGUACCAGUCCGGAACACUGAGACGACUUCACUCGUUGGGCGAAGGCCAUCAGAUGGACAUCACCAUCGAAGGAUUCACGAGUUGGCAGUUCAAAGGCCUCACCUUCCUUCUGCCCUUCUUGAUGUCCGGAUAUGUCCGUUUUUUGGAUUAUUUUGUCAAUAAUUUCUAGAAGAAUUAUUUUUUUUUCGACAUCGCAGAUAUGGUCCAAACUUCUGUGGUAGGUGUCUUCGGGGAGAUUUCUCGAAAACGUGUAAAAUUAUCUGUUAAGCGCCACACUUAAAAAUUCCAGAGUGGUUCCUAUAGGGGUUAUAGGGAAAAAAGCCUUUAUAGAGGCAGGAAAAACGGUCCCUAUAGAGGUAAAAUCACGGUGAUCUUUAUAGGGACCUAGGGUCUGACCUCUUAGCUCCUAAGGCUCAAGUGGACCCUAAAGUGGUCUUUUAAAUCAAAAAAUGCUUAGUUAUCCAUUUUUCCCAUAGCUUUAGAGUUCAAAAAAAAAUCGACUAGCAUGUCCCCUAUAGGGACCACUUUUGCAAGCUUCAGUGGCCCCUAUAGGGUUUGGUAAGGCGGUCCUAGAGGGAAUCCGGCUCAAAAAACACCCCCUCUAGGGACCACUCUGCAGAUUCUCAGGAGGGUUAUGAGAAAUAGCCCGUCGAAAUCGGAAAAAAAGCUUAAAAAUCUGAUUUUAACUCUCUUAAACCUUCACUAAGUUAUGAGAAAGACAAGAAAGAAACUUUUUUACAAAAAAACCCGAGAAGAAUUCGUUUUUGAAAAUUUUCUUCACAUUUUCGACAGGCCAUUUCUCAGCGGUUAGCAGAUAUUUUUUUUGUUUUCAAAUACACAUACCUGAGACUACCUAACACGGAAUUUUGGACCAUAUCUGUCAUUGUUCAAUCACCCUCGUCAGACUUCCCAUUGAAAAAAAAAUCAAUCCGGUUUCAAAUAAGAUUUGUGAAACCGAAAAACAAUACUAUUUGUGAAAUUUCCCGAUUUUCCAGCUUUUCCAACUGUACCUCGUUUAUUCGCUCUACAAGGCCUACAUUAGCGAUUCGUGUGACGGCGAGUGGCAGGUUGGUUCUUUUUCAAUUUAAUGAGAGACAUUUGAGAUUUGUUGCAAGUUUUUUCGUUAGAAAGACGUAUUUUAAACUCAAAAAAGGGUUUCAUAAAGUUCAAGUCGAUAAAAAAGGAUCUUGCUGAGAAAACUUUUAGUGCCCACUAUAGAGGCUUUCCAAGGACUACUUGAAGUGGACACUAAAGGUGGCCACCUCUAUAGAGGCCACUAUUUGUUUAUUAGUAGCAACUUUAGUAGUUUGUCAUCUUGUAGUACCACUUAGAACUCUACAGUGGUCACUAAUUUUCAACCCCUAAAGUGGCCACUAAAAUGUCAAAACACUAUAGUGGCCACUAAAAUGUUUCCCAGUGAGUCAAUUUGAAAGCCCUCGGGUCCCCAUGUAAAAUUAUAAACUCCUAGAAAAGUCUUAAUGAAGACUUGACGUCAUUUAGAUAAUACAGGUCUCAAAAAACUUAUAAAAUCUGUAGGUCUGGGCGAUGUGCUUGUUGUUCGGCGUGAUCGCCCUGGGCAACAUCUACACGACGUCGCUGGUGAUCCUGAAGAAGCUGCGGACCGAGGCGGCCGCCUAUCCGAGGAUCCUGGCCCUCACCCGCAAGUACAACUCCCGCACCAUCAUGAACAACGUCAGCGAGGACCAUCAUAAGAAUCACUAG